AUGGCAGUCAGUGCCGAGUCCUUGAUUUCCACUCCAUAUGCGUUGAGAGCGCAUCUCAACGGCCCACAGGACACGACAUUCCACCAAGGAAGGCCGCCGAAGAAGGUAGCUAACGGUGACCAUGAUGCAAAUGAAAUCGUGCAGGCAAGCUCUUCCACACCGUACGAUGUACUUACAGCCGCGCUUCCAUUGCCCACUCCGACAUCCUCGACGGCAUAUUGGUGGAAGGAGACCGGGCCCCUGAUGAGCAACCUCCUAGGGAAGGCGAAUUACUCCCUUUAUAAACAUUACAAAUACCUUCUCCUCUACCAUACCCAUAUUCUGCCACUGCUAGGGCCACGACCUCUUAUUGAGGACCCAACACAAGCAUCCUCGUGUAAAGCACCAUGGAGAUCUUUCCUGACAGAUGACUUUUCUCCACUAGAGCCAAGCUGGAACGUAAGCGGGAAUUCUGACUCGAGGAGUACAAUCAGGCUGGGAAUCGAGCCGGUUGGUUUUGAUGCCGGAACGGCUGCCGACCCAUUCAAUCAGGCUUCAGUCGCACGUUUCUUCCGAUCAAACAAUGCAACAGAAGUGGGAGCGAGAGACGGCCUCUUUGAACAUUUCCGCAACGACCUCUUUGUGGAUUCCGAAUUUUAUACAGCGAUAAAGGAUAUGCUACCCGACGGUGAGCAUAUGACGCAGAGCUUUCUGGCCUUUGAUCUGGAUACGGGUCGCGUCACUACCAAGGCGUACUUUUUUCCAAUCCUCAAGGCAUUAAUCACUCGACAGAGCACGAUAAAAGUAUUAUCUGACUCGAUUUUGAGGUUGGCAAAGAAGUGUGAUAUAUGGGGGAUGCAGACAAUUGCUGCUUUAUCAAUCUUGGAAGCCUGGAUUGCCAGUUAUGGGGGAGCCGCUAAGGCAGAGAUGAUCAGCGUGGAUUGUGUUGACGAUAUCGAAUCUCGUAUCAAAAUAUAUGUCCGGGUGCCAUAUACCUCCUUGCGAAAAGUAAAGGAGGCAUAUUCCCUAGGUGGGCGUUUGACAGAUGAAAACACAGCUGAAAGCCUGCUUCUCCUAGACAGCCUUUGGAGAACAACCUUCGGGGUAACCGAUGAAAAUGCAGAAUUGCCACAUAACCAUCAUCGGACAGCGGGGACAAUUUUCAAUUUCGAAUUGCGUCCAGGAAAAUUGUUUCCAGAGCCAAAGGUGUAUUUGCCCGUUCGCCAUUAUUGCGACAGUGACCUGCAAAUUGCUAGUCGGCUGCAGGAAUUUUUCGGCACGCUUGGAUGGCAUCAAAUGGAGAGAGAUUAUUGUAAGGAUUUCCAGGAUUUGUUUCCCAAUCAUCCACUCUCUACGUCAACAGGAACACAUACAUACCUUUCAUUUUCUUAUAAAAGUAAGAAAGGAGUAUAUAUGACGAUGUAUUACAACCCACGGGUGUAUAGCACACAAGAAAAGGAGAUAUAG